UCUCAGGAAAACAAGAAUGGGCCAUCACCACACCAAAGUGAGAAGUCACGAGGGUUUUGAUGCGGAUCGAGAUGCCAAAAAGCUGUACAAAGCCUGCAAAGGAAUUGGAACUGAUGAAGCGGCCAUUAUUGAAAUCCUGGCGAGCAGGACGUCGGAUGAGAGGCAGCAAAUAAAGCAGAAAUACAAGACCAAGUAUGGCAAGGACCUGGAGGAGGUGCUCAAAAGUGAGCUGAGUGGAAACUUCGAGAAGACAGCCUUGGCCCUCCUGGAUCGCCCCAGUGAAUAUGCUGCCCGGCAGCUGCAGAAGGCUAUGAAGGGCUUAGGCACAGAUGAAGCCGUGCUCAUCGAGGUCUUAUGCACAAGAAGCAACAAGGAAAUCAGCGCCAUCAAGGAGGCCUACCAGAGGCUGUUUGACAAGAGCCUUGAAUCAGAUGUCAAAGGUGACACAAGUGGGACCUUUAAGAAGAUUCUGGUGUCCCUGCUGCAGGCUGACCGUGAUGAAGGGGACGAGGUGAACAAGGAGCUGGCCGGCCAGGACGCCAGAGAGCUGCAUGAUGCAGGAGAAGGCCGCUGGGGCACUGAUGAGCUCGCCUUCAAUGAAGUCCUAGCCAAAAGGAGCUACGCCCAGCUUCGAGCCACCUUUCUGGCCUAUCAACUUCUCAUUGGCAAGGACAUGGAAGAAGCCAUUGAAGAGGAAACGUCCGGAGACUUACAGAAGACCUACUUAACUCUUGUGAGAUGUGCCCGAGACCGUGAGGGCUACUUCGCCGACCUUCUGUACAAGGCCAUGAAGGGCAUGGGGACUGAUGAGGAGACGUUAAUUCGCGUCAUUGUCACCAGGGCCGAGGUGGACCUUCAGGGGAUCAAAGCCAAGUUCCAGGAGAAGUACCAGAAGUCUCUCUCUGACAUGGUCAGCUCAGACACCUCCGGGGACUUCCGGAAACUGCUAGUGGCCCUCUUACACUGAGCCCAGCCAGAGCAGCAGAAACACGGGAGCACCGUCUUGAUGAAGAACACGUUUCAAAUCAAACUUGCAAUCUUGUACGAUGCCAGCACCAGAAGCCCUGGGGCCCUGUUCACUUUCUUGACAGCAUGAGCAGCACAGCAAGGUCGAGCUGGUUAAGUGCAGGUUGCUUGGGCAGGUCGCCUUGAACCCUGGCUAACAAGUACCCGGGCUAACCCUUCCCCUUCCUUAGCGUAGUCGCCGAAUGCUUCCUGAGCACAAAUAAUAUCAGCAACUGAUGAAAAACUAUGCAUUUGUAACAAAAUGUUUAGGAGAAUGUGUACUGUGCAGGCGUGGGAGUGGUCUGGGUGCAGAUGAAGUGGUUAAGGGAAAACAAAAUUAGCCAACUUGUUGAUUUUCCUUCUGUGUGUUCAAUUUCAAAGCUCCCGAGGUAAUUAAAGGUGCAGAUUAUGCCUCAAUCUGCUGCUUUUUCCAAACUGGCUUGAUUAUUUGGAGUUCUUGCCCAGGAAACAGGACCCAGGUAAAGUUCAAACAUCAUUUGGGGAACGCAGUCACCUCUAUUAACAGUCACUAAGGAUGGAAACCAAGGCUAGCAGGAAGGAAAGACCCACCUCGCCCAUGUGAAGCGUAGCUGGACACAGAACCCACUAAUACGCUGCCUGGCUCUCUGGGCUUCCUACCUCUCUAGGCGUGUGACUCCCUCCCGUCUCCACUGCUCUUCAGGUACAGCUGGACCAGUGGCAGGACUAUGGUCAGCGGCCUGCCUCGCAGGUGGACUGGCACCAACAGAAUCUCUGCUCCACGAGGGUGGUCUAGUGACUGCACGGAGUGACACGCAGAGAAAUUUGUCACAAGAACACGGAUGGAUACCUUGGUCCAGUGGCUCACUGGGUGUCCCUGGUACUGCUGAAGGGCAUAACUUUUUCUUAAUCCCCUCCAGCUCUAUAAGGUUGAUUUUUCCCAUUUAUAAACUAAGAAAACAGACAUUAAAUAAACUGGCUAAAUGCAUUUGCAAGCAACAGAAUGAGGACUGGAAUGCCAGGGUGGCAGACUCUGGAAAUCACCCACUAAUAUGUUUCUUGGAAAAGUGGCUCGAAAUACAUGGACGUGGGUCUGCGUAUUUUUUCAUCUACUUAAUUCCCUUCUCUCUACUAAUCAUUGUGCUGAGGGUAAAAGGGAAAGCAGAAAAUGAACCUUGUU